GGGAGAGACAUUCCCUUCCCUCCUGCGAGUAAAAUCAAAGGAAGAUGGAGGUGGACAUCCCCGCCGACGUCCCCUGCUCUUCCACCGCCGUCAAUUCCGUCAUUCGCAUGGGCACCGCCGGCUUAAUCUGGGGUUCCUGUUCUGGUCCAUACGAAGCCAACAAAUUAGGUCUUGCUGGCAUUCAUCGAGCUUCUUUUAUUGCUAAGUCAGUUGGUCGGUUUGGCUUUCAGUGGGGACUGUUUGCUGCAAUAUUUUCUUCCACUCGCUGUGGGCUUCAGAGAUAUAGAAGACGAAAUGAUUGGGUUAAUGUUUUGACUGCUGGUGUAGUAGCAGGGGCUGCUUUUGGUGCAGGCACCCGAAACUGGAAGCAGGUUGCUGGAGCAACAGGUCUUGUGUGUCUCUUGUGUCAUGUUGCUGAGGACUCCAGAUAAAAUUUCUCUGAUUUGCUUAGAAGGGACUAAAAUACACUGCAGUAGUGCUGGAAAUUGAUGGACCCUUGUCUCCAUCCAUACCAGUCUGUGCCAUACUAACUACAUCAUGUUGAUUGAGGAAGCAUGGCACAGUGCAUGCUUCACGGAAUGGAAAACGAAAUUCAGCUAAUUGAAGUUCAUACAUGAUUUUUUUUUUUUUUUUUUUUUUUUUUUUUUUUUUUUUGUCAAUUUCAUAGGCCACGAGUUUUAGGGAAACAAACCUAACAUAUGAAUUACAAAGCAAGUAUAUCUUUAUCGUUUUCACUUUAAAUGGCCCCUAAUCCCUAUAGGACAAUCAUAAUCCUCUAGGGGACUGUUGCUUGGAGUUGAUCAUAGGUUGGUUUAUCUACAUGUUUUUGAAUUACACUAUGUUAUUUGGAGUAAAAUCUAGAUAUGGAACUUGCUGAAUCUCUUUUAAAAUCCUUUUCA